AUGCUUUUUUUCUGUUUAUCCCUUGCCCUUUCUCAUGGCACUGUUCUUGAGAAGCCUAUCAGUACUAAACUUCAUGUAGAGCUUGGUGGCUUUGAAAAUGCCAGCAAUGUUAGAAGCAAAUUGGAAGAUUCACUUGGAAUUUUCUCUCGAACUAAGCAUUAUAAGAAUUUCGAUGUUACAAUCGAGUACUAUUUUGCAGAGAUGCCAGGAAUGCUUGUUCAUGACACUGUUCAAACAAUAAAAACAAAUUCAGUUCCUACAGAUUUCGAACAAGUUCGACAAUACGAAUUCGGCCCCGACUCUGAUAUUGUUCAGAGCAUUACACAGCAUGUCAAUAGUAAUAAAAAAGACGAUUAUCCACAUUUAUUCUUAGUUAAUUUGGGUCCAGAUACAUCCUAUCAAUUAGAAUACGGUAAUUCACCAGAGCCAAAUGAUUGCUUUGUCUUCAAUUCAAAAAUUGCAUUUUGUGCUUUUAAUAUUGGUCAAAUCGGCGCGGAAGCCGCUUUAUUCCGCAGAAUUUCAGAAUUCGUCAAUACAAUUGUUCUCCCCGAUGUACCAAUUCAAGACAAUCCAAUUCCAUCGACCCUUGACAUUCCAAUUAUCAGUUUUACAGAAUUUAGCCUCAAAACCAACCAGCUUCAUGAUCCAUUAUACAAGAUCCUUCCAAGAAUAAUCAAAGAUCGCAUUACUGUUACGAAGAAGAACCUCUUUAACUAUCCAUUGAUAGCAGCCGGUAUUUUCCGACCUCCACAGUGCAACAACGUCGAUUUAAUGGAUCUCAUCCUCUCAAAUAGUCAUGUCCUUGGCCCGUCAAUGGCCUACGCCUUUGAGGAAGAUAAAUCGAAGUUAAUUCUUCCAACAUUUGUUUUUCCAGACAACGACAGCAUUGCAUACGUCGAAGGAAAGACCUCCGCCAUUCUUUCAACCGAAAAAGAUGUUUAUCGACUUGCUUUAUCAGCAAUUGCCGAAAACCUCCCUGGAAUCAAGACAUCCUUCGGUGGACAUCAUCCAAUAUUCCCAUAUGGUGGCUCAGAUGACUUCUCAGAGCUUUUUGAAGACAGUGUUUCAAAAAGUUUUAUUUUCGGAGAUUUACAACACGCGAUCCAAGUUUAUGAGGAAGUUAACAAGACAGUUGAUUGGAUAAACUCACAGAAACUAUACUCCAAUAGGUUUUUGCCAUCAUCUCUCCAAAAAGUUUUAGAUUUGAUUAACAAAACUGCAAUAAGAGUUAGUAACAACCAACUGGACAAAGCACUAUCAUCAUCAAUGUCAGCACGCGAUGAAGCAGACAAACUCAAGGAUAACGUAGACAAAGUAAAGAUGAAAGUGGAAAUUUUCGGCAGAUGCUGCCCAGUUAUCAAAGUUGUCAAGAAACCAUUGAUGAAACCAUCGUGGGUCGCGUUCUGUCUCACUGCUAUCAUCUUAAUUUACGCACUUCUUAAGUUCAUCUCUCUGUACAAGAAUAAGAGGCGUGGUUACAUUCCUGCUGUCUUCGAUUUCUAA